AUCAAUCGCUUCCUUCAUACGAAAAUCCACGUCAACACACAAAAAGGCCAAAAACGACAAGAGUCAACUCUCAAUAUAAUUCAAUACUAAGACAUUUUUCUUUCUUUGAUCGAGGAGAAAGAAGAGUUCCAGGAUGUUGAAAGCCGUAAUACUAAUUGGAGGACCUCAGAAAGGUACUCGUUUUCGGCCACUCUCCCUGGAGCUUCCGAAACCUUUGUUUCCAGUAGCUGGCUUCCCCAUCAUCUAUCAUCAUAUUGAAGCAUGUAGCAAGCUGCCAGAUAUCCAAGAUGUUUUGUUGAUUGGGACCUACCAACCCAGUGACUCUCUCAACAGAUUCAUCACAUCAGCUCAGAGAGAAUUCAAGUUCAACAUAAGGUACCUACAGGAAUACACAGCUUUAGGAACCGCUGGAGGACUGUACCACUUCAGGGACCAGAUCCUGAGUGGCCAACCCAAGGGGUUCCUGGUCUUCAAUGGGGACGUGUGCUGCAAGUUCCCUCUGGCCGAGCUCUGGGACUUCCACGAGAAGGUGUCGCAAGAUGACCACUACACCAUGCUGUCAACAGAGGCAACCAGGGACCAGAGUCUUUCAUAUGGGUGCUUAGUGGAGAAUGAGAACACACAUGAGGUCAUGCACUAUGUAGAGAAGCCCCAAACCUUUGUCAGUACGGUGAUCAAUUGUGGACUCUACGUCUUUCCACCAGAGAUCUUUCAGCACAUUGGGAAAGCCUUCCAGCAAAACCAGGAUGAAGUGCUCAAUGGAGACCCCUUAUUCCCCUCCAAAGACACAAUACGCCUUGAACAGGACAUCUUGGCACCUCUAGCUAGCACGGGGAAACUCUUCACUUUCAAGACAAAUAAUUUCUGGAGCCAAAUCAAAUCUGCAGGGUCAGCAAUCUUUGCCAACAGGCUAUAUCUCAGUCUGUACCAUGAAACUCAUCCCGACCGAUUAUCAGAUCCUAAAUCAGAAACGGGACCAUCGAUAAGAGGGGAUGUCUACAUUCAUCCUACUGCUACUGUAGAUCCUACAGCUACGCUUGGUCCAAAUGUGACGAUAGCAGCCAACGUAACGAUCGGAGCUGGAGUCAGGGUCAGGGAAUCCAUUGUCUUAGAGGGCGCUACACUACAGGAUCACUGCUGCAUUCUACAUAGUAUCAUUGGUUGGAACAGCAUGGUAGGGGCAUGGUCAAGGGUCGAGGGUACGCCAAAUGACCCCAACCCCAACUUGGACCACGCCAAGAUGGACAGCGGGACGCUCUUCAACGGGGAUGGCAAACUGAACCCGUCAAUUACCAUCUUGGGUGGCAAGGUGGUGAUCCCUCCGGAGGUCAUCAUCCUGAACUCCAUCGUCCUGCCUCAUAAAGAGCUGGGAUACAGCAUAAAAAACCAGAUCCUCCUCUAGCAUCUAUUAGGUACCAAUGUGAGCAUUCCUCCAGAAGUGAUGGUGCUGAACGCCAUUUUGCUGCCGGAUAAACAGAUCUCCUCCAGCUUCAAGAACCAGAUAUUGCUCUAGGUUGCACGU